UAUGUUUCAAUAAUACCUAUAAAGGUUGGAACAAACAUGGAGGUCGAACAAAGGGACCAAAGGGAAGUCACUCUGAUAAACGUGUGUGCAAUGGCGGCAGGCAUGUGUUAGAGACGAAGAAACAAAACAAAAGUAUCACAUAUGUAGCCACAAUUUGGUCCGUCGAGCUUGUAAGUUUGGCAGAAGGAAAAUGACUGGUAAACGUUCCUGUGUUGAUUUGGAUCCUGACUAUGAAGACAUAUCAGAACAUCAAGCAAAACGCCAGCGUGUCCUAGAACAAGAUGCAAAGGAAGCAAGCUUGAAAAAGAUAGAGAGCAUUAUAUGGAGUCAGUUCAAAAUGGAGACUGAAAAUAUUGAAUCUGAUGUCGUCAUAAUUGAUCAACUGCUGAAUCAAGCUCGAUCUAUGAUGGACCGAUUGCGGGCUGUCACUGUUGCCAGCUAUUAUUCACGGCUCCAGCAGAAUCCUGGAAAAACUUCACAGACGUCCAUUUUCCCUGUAAAUGCCAUUCAUCCAAGUGUUAAAAAAUAUCUAGGAAAGGCACCUGUGGCCACGCAUGUGAAGACAGAAACUGUCACAUCACCACACAAAGAUGACAAAAACAGAUUAAAUAGUGCGUCUGCUCCAGGACACGUGCCACAACAGGCUUCAACAAAUUUAGGACAAAGCCAAUCAGAAACACCAGCAUUUAGCUCAGAGUCAGCAGAUGUAAACAGGGGCUCCAGAUUUACCGAGAAGAAAACUAUUGUUGUUGGCAAUGUCUCAAAGCACAUAACAGACAGACAGCGAGAAGUCAAUGACCACUCAACACACAAGUGGAUGGUGUAUGUUAGAGGCCCAAGAGACAAUCCCUCCAUCCACUCUUUUGUUUCAAAAGUCUGGUUUUUUCUUCAUCCCAGCUACAGACCUAAUGAUCGCGUGGAGAUAAGCUCACCCCCAUUUCACCUGACCCGUCGAGGAUGGGGUGAAUUUCCAGUCAGAGUCCAACUACAUUUUUGGGAUGAGCGUAACAAACGUGUUGACAUUAUUCAUAACUUGAAGCUGGACAGAUCAUAUACAGGCCUGCAAACACUUGGUGCUGAAACAGUUGUUGAGAUUGAGCUUCUGCGAGAAUUUACAGGAAAUGGCUAUUCUAAAUUACACCACAGCCUUUUCUCAGAUUCGUGCUUAGAAGAAACUGUUAUUAAAGAGGAGAAAGAAGAUGAUGGAGUAGAAGUACAGACAGGAAAUACUGAAACUUGUGCAGACGUAGAUGCAUCAAACAUGAGAUUAAAGGAUGAAUGCCUUUUAGACUGGGUCUCGAAAGAAGUGGAAUCAGACAGCACCAGCUAUCCAUGUGAGAUUACAUCUGCCACACACAAGACCACAGAAGUCACCAUAAAGCAAGAGCCAUCUGAGCUGAUUACAGGGUCUCACAGCAAUAUCAGUUAUAAGACCAAUGACAGCACCAAGGGAGAACAUAUCAUGAUCAACAGAUUCAAGAAACCUGAGCCACUUCCUGUAUUAGGGAGUGAAAAAGGAACUGUUACUGGUAGGGCAUCAGGAGACACUGAAGCCAUUCCAGCUAAAAGGAAUGAUGGAAUAGAAGAAAAUGACUUUGUUGGUGAUGAUGCUUCUGCAUGUGUGACCAGCAGCAACAGUGCUCCUUUUGCCAGUCAGAGUCUCCAGACUAAUCCUUGUCUUACUUCUGUGAAAGUUAACCUUGGAGAGACAACUCCAAACACUGUAGCAUCUUCACCACUAAUAAUGCAAACUACUGUACUCAGCAAAAGCAGUCUACAGUCUCCAGAAACUUCACAGCCAUCUGUCAUAUUGGUAAGCACAGCUCCGAGAGCACCAGUGGUACCUCCAGUGAACUCAAGUGCAAGGAUGGUGUCUCUGUUACAAAGACCACAGUCUGUAGUGGUACCCAGAAAUGUUCAUGGAUCACCAAGAAUGGCUGUGCCAGUUUCAGCAAUCUCAGGCAGCACACUCAAUCAGUUGCAUGCUAAAAGCAGCUUAUCUGAUGUAAAUGCUCCAAAGGUAUUGAUGCAGGUUACUCCAGCAGGCCUGAAGGUCAUCAAUACUCAAAAGCCUUUGGCUGCCUCAGCUGCCUGUAAUUCUCUUUUGACUCCCAAAGAGAUUGUGGUAUCAAGAUCUACACACACCUCAAAAAUUUCACAUUCUCUUCUACCUCCUCAGCAGAAGGUUGUUGGAAGGCCAUCAACUACAGCAAUAUCCACAAACUCUCUUCUUCCUUCUCAACAGGUGGUUGUUGGAAGACCAACGACUUCAGCAGCAACCACAAACUCUUUUUUGCCUCCUCAGCAGAUUGUGAUUGUUAGACCACCAGGCAGCCCAUUAGUUUCAAACUGCCUUUCUCUACCUCAGCAGACCAUUUUGACAAAGCCUGUGACUCACAUUCCAUCCAGAACAGAGAGCAUUGUUAGUGGCACAACUGUUAACAAAGUGUCUUUGCUCACCUCACCCAUCACUGUUGCAACUAGUGUUCAACCUUCCAAACUGCCAGCUGUAGCUGCAAGAACAGUUUCCCUGCUAAAGUUAAAUGGUCCCAUACAAAAUCACAACAAGCUUUCUGGUUCGUCACCAGCUGGAUCAGGUGUUGUAACCAGUUCGUUAACUGCAUUAACACCUGUGGUUACAUCUUCUAACUCAUCUAAAGUUACUCUUGUUCUGCCAAAAUCAAAUGAAAGACCAGUGCUUCUUAACUUUGACCUGUCACAGAUAAGAGGUCAAGGACUUAUGCUGGAUCCUGUCUCUAUUGACAAGCCAUCCAGUUUAGGUGCUUCUUCGUCACAAAAUCAAUCUGCUCAGGGUCAAAACACCAAACCCAUGGCCCGACUCCAUACCUGA